GAACCAAUUGCUGUUACUAACCCAUGAGGCUACCCUUGUCAGAAUAUGGUGAGGGACUGAAGAAAGGUACGCGUGUAGGAGAAGGAGCAUUUAGGGAAGUUGCAGCUUACAUAUUGGAUCACCCAAUGGCUAGAACAUGUUCAUUCUGUAAUGAAGAGAGGGACUUUUCUGGUGAUGGUGAAGUGAUUGCACAAAUAUGCUCUCAGGAGUGUGAAGAUUGGGUCACUGCAGAUGUUUGUGGAGAAUAUUGGAAGCUGCAUGCAGGGAACAUUCUGGUUGCAAGGGACAGAAAUAAAGGCCAUAUUGUGCUUGUUCCAAUUGACCAGGGCUACUGCUUGCCUGAGAAUUUUGAAGAUUGCACAUUUGACUUCCCUGCCAUUAUUGACCACAUCAAGUCACUGGAUGCUGAACAAGCAAUUGAACUAUUGAAGUUUCAUGGUUGGGACUUGCCACCUUCCUGUGCCCACACCCUUUGUAUUUCCACCAUGCUUCUAAGAAAGAUGGUUCAAGAUGCAGAAGAAGCUGUUCUCCCAGGAACAAGCGAAAAUGCAUUUCUUGAAGCUUGGCAACAAUCAUGAAUCAUCAUCAAGUUGAACCUGGGCCAUCAGUCAAUUGAGCAUUCGUAGGUCUAUCAGACUAUCAGUAUAUGUUCACAUAAGCUAGGCGCAGAAAGAAAGAUGGAUGAUGGGGUGCUUGGUACGUUCCUUUUUAAUGAACUGCAGGUUCUUCAGUUACUGGAACUUGUAUGGUACCUCCAUUAUCUGCUUCACUUUGUUUAUAAAUACACCAAGCACUGUGCCUGAACUCGUACUCUGGGUACUCUAAUUUUUGUCUAACAAUGUAUGUUUCUCUUUUGUGGUACUGGUAUACUCUUACAGCUUGGUAUAUACAUAAUGAUUGUAGAAUUCUGUUAGAAGGGAAUAAAUAAAGCCAAUAAGAUUGA